AUGACGUUUCUGGCCCCCUACACGUCUUUGAUGCGGCUUGGCCAAGGGUUCAAUUCCUACACCCAACAAAUCUGCAUUGAUGACGCCAUAAUAAUCCAUAGUCAUCCCUCUGAUGCCUCUUUGAAUCACUGUGAUCUUUUACCGGGCCAGUACCCAUUUGGUAACGCAGAUUCACCUGAGAGGGAUAACUGUGAAGUUGCCCCGGUAGAGACGACUAUUCAAGCUACGGACGAUUGUCUACAGCUGCAGCCUUCCCCUACGAAACCCGAAAAAGUUAAAGCUACAAAUGUUAAUCAGACAGUUACAUAUACUGCCCACGCAAUUGACAAUCUCGCGGACGUCGUUGACACCCUUAAUAUCUCCUCCAGCGCUACUAUCAGUUAUGCGAGUAGCCAGGCCAAUGGCUCCACUAAUUUUGUCAAGGAAAACAAUAUCAGCGAGAGCGAUAUCAAUUUCAUCGUCUCCGUUAAAGUGACUAAUGAACUUCCCAUACAGCCAACUCAGUUGGAGUUUCGGGCCAUGGAAGGCUUAGAUCCUGAUCGGUUCUCGGAGGUGUAUGGCGAUUGCUUUAUCGCGGGCUUCCUUGAAGGCGGUGAAUUUUCAGCCAUUGUUAGUAUCAAAGUCCACGACAAGAACAAAAUCUCUAGGGUGAAAUUGGCGGCGGAAAUGCAGCUGUCUGCUACGAAUUACUUCCAACCUUUAAGUGGUGCCUUAGCCGAGAGGGAAAAAGAAGAUAUCUGGACAGAUACUGAGCUUAGCAUUUCGGUGACAUGGUCGGGGGGUGGCAGCAUCAAAAAACCCAAAGCGAGUUGGGACCUGCAAACUAUAAUCCAAGCUGCCAAUGACUUUCCCGCCCAAGUUUCGAAGUAUUCACAGAAAACUCAGGCGAUUCUGAUGAGCUACAACUCUGUUCGAUCCUUCCACGAGUUCAAUGCAAAAUCUGCACGACCAUUUGUCGUUCUUGACUAUCGCUUGUGUGAGAUAUAUACUGCCGAGUUGCUCAGUGCAUUCAUCGCCUAUAAAACUUUAUGGAAGCUAAUCUCGAAAAUUAUUAGAAACCCUGAGCUUUAUCAGGCGAAAGAUGCAACCGACAAGGUUCCCGACCCUAUUCAACCUGACUCAAUCUCCCUUAACCAAGCCAAAAUUGAAUGCAGAAAGGGGAUGACCAUGAUCCUUGAGGAAACAAAAAUGCUCGCACGGAAACCACAUCUUGGUAUGAUUAACGAACAGGGUACUGUAAAACAGCUUCCUCGCCCUUAUGCAUCAGAAAUCGCUGCGAGACUUCCUGUGUACAUUGGAUCUCCUGGAAAUGGGGACCACCAGGGCCUCAGCCGUGUUUCUUCGAUACCUGAGGAAAUUAAUGUUGUCAAUAAAUACGUUUCAGGUCCUUCGAUCCUCCCACAGCUAGGGGACAAUCAAAGGGGGAAGCUUCCCAGCGUUAACGACACCUUCUACUCAGCCACUUCCCCCGAUGGACAAGAAUAUUCCAACAACAAUCCUAUCCGCUCCAUAGACAACGCGAACGGUCGUGAAGACAUGGAUGGGAAUUGGGGACGCACGAAGGCUAGUCGAUCUUGCUUCCUCGCACCUAGCUUCAUUGCUACUGCAAGCCUGAACUGCAUUGGCCUAGUCUAUCGCGUUAUCUUACUGCGAUGCUUUUUCCCGAAGCCCAAGCACGUGCAAUUCAAGACUCCCAGGGGAAGCUCAAAUCAAGAGCAGCCCUUUCGAGAACAGCAAGUGGCAGUUAUGGCUGGGGCGGUUACCGCACCUGAAUCUUGA